AUGGCAGACCCUAUAUCGAUAAUCGGUACCGUUGGUUUGGUCGCCAACAUCAUCGACGUCGUCGGCAAGACCAACAGUACUAUUCGCGAACUUCGAAAUGACUGGAAAGAGGCAGACCUCACCUUUCUCAGCCUUACCACCCAGCUUACGGCUCUCCGCGCAGCACUUAUAAAAAUCAAAGAAUGGAUGGAUAGUGAUCUUGGUGAUGCGCGCUAUCAUAAGGCAAAGCUUGCCUUGGGAGGUAAAAAUGUCGACAAUAUUCAGAAGUUGAUUGAGCAACAAACGAGCGCUCUGACUUUACUACUCACAGCAUGCAACUGCAAAACAAUAUCCGAGCAGAAAGGAUUACUUGAAAAGUCCAGUACUCGGAAUGUCCUUCGGCGAAUGGAACUUGAUUCAGCGUCCUUACUGGUGCACCGCGACUCAGCUUCUCUCAUUAGCCAAUGGACGGACAAUUUAUCUAAGCUCUCGGCCAUUUUCUCCUUCGAUAGAGAGCUUUUUGUUUCCAAGAUUUACGAGCGGGCGUUUCGAGGCUCCAUAAAGGAAUCCCUAAGGCGACAACAAGGCGAUACACAAGCUAAAGUACGGUCACAAGCGAUCGACCGCGGGCUGGAGCAAGACUCAAGACGGCUGAGACGUGAAUGCAAGGUGCUUCUACUUGGUACCAGAGAGAGUGGGAAGAGCGAAAUUGUAACGCGGUGGAAGAGUCUCCAUCCGAAUGGUUAUACGGCGCAAGAGCUAGCACUUUGGCGACCUACAGUUUCCCGAAAUCUCGUCAGCUCUGCACAACUUCUGAUUAGAGCGAUGGAGCAAUUCAAAAUACACCCAGAGCAGGAGGGUAAUCGAGCGCACUGCGACUUCUUGUUGGAUUACUCUGUCGACCCGGAUCCAGACAAGCCUCUCGAAACGAAGGUUGGCGAAGCAUUCAGCUCUAUAUGGCACGACCCAUGUAUUUCAAGAAUUUUCGAACGCUCGGAUGAAUUCGAUAUGAUGGACUCGGCUCCAUAUUUCUUCACAGAAGCAAAACGAAUUGGGUCUCCAGACUACGUCACACGACCAGAAGAUCUGUUCAGAGCCCGAGCAAAGAGCUCUGGUAUUCACGAGACUCGAUUCACGAUGGUCAGUUGA